AUGUCCAACAACAACCGCCGCGUGUCCACCAAGCGGCGGCUCUCUUUGACCAUUGACGACUCGGACAAGCGUCAACGGUCAGAAGACAGUCACAUGUCCAUCGGUCGCUCCGCGAUUCCCUCUCGAGAUGGCGCCGCGACUCCCCCCGUGGCGUCCCCGGCGUCGUCAUCUAUGGAACAAGAGACGGAGCUGAAUGAGUCAGGCUCUGCCCGCCAAGGGUACGCGUCCGCGUCCGCAUCCGCGUCGCCAACCUCUUCGGAGGGCGGUGAAGCAUCUCGUCCUACUCCUCGCCCUACCACUUCUGGGCCACGUGCUCCGACAUGGCAGACCGAUGCCCCAGCUCCCGACCAACGCCAGUGGCCGCGGGAACAAAGGACCAACCUUCGCGCUCGCGAGGGCAGUCGCGACGACCGCAACCGUGACCACCUCGACCCUCGGGGAACGAUGCCAUCCCUUCCGAGCAGCUCUGCGCAUCACGAGGAGCGGCGCAGCCCAUCGGGAGGAACGUAUUCUAACCAGUUGGUUCAGCCACCUCCCAAGACGCAAGCAGCAUUCGUUGGUAAACUCUACUCCAUGCUUGAGGACGACAAGAUUCGCAGAUCAGGCCUCCUGCACUGGUCGCAAGAUGGUUCGUCGUUCGUCUGCCCCAACCCCACCGAGUUCUCCAAGGAGGUUCUGCCAAACUAUUUCAAGCACAACAACUGGCAGUCGUUCGUCCGGCAGCUCAACAUGUACUCGUUUAACAAGGUCUCUGACUUAUACUCGACCGCCAACGCCGACCCCCAGGCUUGGGAGUUCCGUCACCCCCUCUUCCGCCGAGGAGAGCCUCAUCUCCUGGCAAGCAUCAAGCGCAAAUCCAAUCGCCAGAAUCAGGACAGUGUCGCACCGUCCUCGGCCAUUCACCCUACGACCUCCCCCAACGAAGAUGAGAGCAAGCCCAUAAUGUGGAACUCUACAGCGCAUGCUGUCCCUCGUUAUUCUCCCCCUUCGCGUGACUAUCCCUCGACCAGCCGCUCGUACUAUGGCCAGCCUCGCCCUCCAUCGAGGGAGUUUGACACGAACCCACCUGCGCUUGGGGUCAGUAACUCUAUCCCUCCUCACAACCGCCAGUACCACAGCGAAUCGUCUGUCACUCGUUCCGACGCCGCGUUCCACCAGGCCAGCUCGAGUCGCCUUGGUGCCAAUGAUUCGCUCGGCAACCAGUUGUCAACGCUUCAGGACACGGUUAACAGACUGCAUCAUGCUCUCAACACUGAGCGGGCCGAUAAUACUCGCAACAACAUGGAGCUCACCACUAUCGUGCUGGAACAGACCCGCAUGCUUCUCGAGUGCGACGGCCAAGUGAGGCUGCCGCGAGAUGCCCUUCAACGACAGUACGAGGAGCUUCUCACGCGGCGUGACGGGCUCGACCGGCUCAACGUUUCGGAGGCCCUCAGCAGCAUGGCCAACUCGAGGAGGGCCCCGACUGCACCUGCUACAUCUCUGGACCACAACCGUCCGGCCACGAGCUAUGAGCCUCCUCGCCCCACCUCAAGCUACGAACAGCGCCCCCCUUCCAGCUACGAGCAGCGUCCGCACUCGGGCUAUGCACACCAUGGCCCUAGCCCUUACGACCCACCUCAUCGCGCCCUGCAACCUCCCAUGGGCGAUCCCAGGGACCGCGCGUUGCACACUUCGGGUUCGCUGUCGCGCCGGCCACCGUCACCUACGUUCGAUCGUCGCCCAGCAACGAUUGACCAUGCCACCAAUUACUCUCCUCGCACCUACCCUGAUCACCAACGGACGGCAGGGUAUGCAGAGUUCCGGUAUCGUCCACCGCCAAUGGAUGUGCCACAUCCUCGUGACCGCGACCGCGAUGUUGCGCCUCCCCGUGGUGCUCUGCCUCGUCGGCUUACGGAACCUCCAGCCCCCAUGGACGACGCUCCCGACCAGCCCAAAACUUCCCUUCGCAAUCUCCUUCACUAA